UACCAGCUGCCCGCCUGGGUGCUGGACGACCUGUGCCGCAACAUGGACACUCUGAGCGAGUGGGACUGGAUGCAGUUCGCCUCUUACGUGAUCACAGACCUGACCCAGCUGCGGAAGAUCAAGUCGAUGGAGCGGGUGCAGGGUGUGAGCAUCACACGGGAGCUGCUCUGGUGGUGGGGCAUGCGGCAGGCCACCGUGCAGCAGCUGCUGGACCUCCUGUGCCACCUGCAGCUCUACCGCGCUGCCCAGAUCAUCCUGAACUGGAAACCAGUUCCUGAAAUCAAGUCUUCUCUCCCAGAAUUCCUGGAUGCUGUGAAGCCAGAAAAGCCUUUGGCAGCUUCUGGAAGGAAUGCUGAGGAUGAACAGGAAACGGGACAGCCCAUGAGGCCGGCCACCUGCCCAGGGCCCCCUCCAGCCAGAGCCAGCCUCCCGGCUCCUCCUGAAGAUGCCCCUCUUUCCUUAAAAACCGACCUUCCCACCUCAUCUGAUUCGAAGGAUUUCAGCACCUCCAUUCCUAAGCAGGAAACACUAUUGAGCCUGGCUGGAGACAGCCUUUUCUGGAGCGAGGUGGAUGUGGUCCAGGCAACCGAUAACUUCAACCAAAACCACAAAAUCAGCGAGGGGACCUUUGCUGACAUCUACAGAGGACAGAGGCACGGCUCGCCGUUUGUCUUCAAGAAGCUCAGAGAGACGGCCUGCUCAGGGCCAGGAUCAGUCGAAAAAUUCUUCCAGGCAGAGGUACAAAUUUGUCAAAGAUGCUGCCACCUCAACAUCUUACCUCUGCUGGGCUUUUGCACUGGAAAACAGUUUUUCAGCUUGAUUUACCCAUACAUGGCAAAUGGUUCCUUACAGGACAGACUCCAGGAUCAGGAUGGCUCAGACCCCCUCCCCUGGCCCCGGCGCGUCAGCAUCUGCUCAGGGCUGCUUCGUGCCGUGGAGCGCCUGCAUGGCCUGGAGAUCAUCCACAGCAACAUUAAGAGCUCCAAUGUUCUGCUAGACCAAAACUUCACCCCCAAGCUGGCUCAUCCGAUGGCUCACCUGUGUCCUGUUAGCAAGAAGUCAAAAUACACCAUGAUGAAGACCCACCUUUUCCAGGCCUCAGCUGCCUAUCUUCCAGAAGACUUCAUCAGAGUAGGGCAGCUAACAAAGCGAGUGGACAUCUUCAGCUGUGGAAUAGUGUUAGCUGAGGUCCUCACGGGCAUCCCUGCGAUGGAUAACAAGCGAAGCCCAGUUUACUUGAAGGAUCUACUCCUCAGUGAAAUUCCCAGCAGCAGCAUGUCGCUCUGCUCCAGAAAGGCGGGCGUGGAGAAAGUGAUGGCCAAGGAGAUCUGUGAGAAAUACCUGGAGAAGAGGGCAGGGAGGCUGCCGGAGGCCUGCGGGGAGGCCUUGGCCGCGGCCGUCUGCCUCUGCCUGCGGAGGCGCAACGCCAGCCUGGCGGAGGUGUGUGGCUCUGUGGCCGCUGUGGAAGAGCAGCUGAGAGGUCAGGAGACGUCGUUCCCUUGGAGUGGGCUUUCCGAGGGCACAGACUCUUCCUCCAACACCCCGGAAGAAACGGAUGACGUGGACAAUUCCAGCUUCGAAGCCUCCUGCUCCAUGAGGGCGGCUUCCAGGGCUGGGGCUGCCGCUUCGCCUCCCGCAACAGCGAAUGGGGAUGGCAGGCUGCCGGCAGGCGGGGAAGUGGAAGCUGACUCCUCCUCUGAUGCCUGUGCUGGUCCAGAGCCUCCCCAGGAUGCUACAGAGACUUCAUGGAAAAUUGAGAUCAAUGAGGCCAAAAGGAAACUAAUGGAGAAUAUCCUCCUUUACAAAGAAGAGAAACUGGACAGCGUUGAGCUUUUUGGCCCCUGAUGACGCAAACACAGCUGAGGACCCUUGUCCUCCAUUGGAAAGAUGAAUGUCAAAUCAAGAAAAAGAUCUGAGGCAGAGUCAAGAUCUCCCAAGAUACACAAAUAUCAGUUUCCCUGCGGGGAGAGAGACACUUCCGUUUUACCAGAGUGAGUUAGGAGAGACAGGACCUCAGCUUUCAGAGACACAAAAAUCUAUGAUGCCCUCUUCCUUUCUGGGGGGGUCAGAGCCCUGGGCAUCAGGAGACUGAGGUGGAAACGCUAGUACAUGGGCCCAGGUUGUGGGUGAUCUUGCGGUUCCGGGGAACGUGUGACUGUAACCAUCCCAGCAGAUGCCAUGGCCCGGCUCUCACUCUCGACAACUGACAGGGCAUUCUGAGUGCCAGUGCACUUUCCAAAGUCAAGAUCUCUUGGUAAUAUUUGCCACCAACAGCCUGCAAACUUCCAUGACCUGAAAGACUGUCAACUUAUGUCCCAGUGUGAUUCUACACUCCCUCCUCAAGGUCUCAAGUUUUACGAAUACCAGCCACCUGGCGGAGGGCUCUGGAGGUUUUCUGCUUUCUCUUUUGGAAAUCUUGCAACCCAUGGAUAUUUAUUGAAUGCCCGCUCUGCACCUUUAUCCAACCAUACCACUAAUGCCAAUAUUUUUAAAAGAGCUUUUAUUUAGAGACUAUGUAUUAUUUAUGGCUGGAUGAAGAACUGGAAGAACUAGUUUCAUGUUUGAUUGUGCUGCUCAUUAAAUCAGUCAUUUAAUUUCUGGAACCUCAGUUUCCUUGUAAGUAACACGUGUUCAUUCUCCUUCCCUGGACUGUUGGGAAGAGCAGGUGAGACGUGGCUACAGAACAACUUUGAAAAUGCACUUGUCCUGUUUUAUAACAUAAAUAAAUAAAAAGACAUUAAAUGUUUAUUUCUGCCAUGUACCUAA